AAUAUGGCAUAUUAUAUAAACAGUCCAGUCGCGGAUAACUUCAGUUGGCUCUCGACUUCUGGAUCACAGGGACGUCUCCAAGAAAACUCAUCAUCAUGAUCUGGAAGGCAAUUUUGGUCGCCGUUUUGGCUGUCGGCGUGCUGGCCGAGUACGAGCUGACUGAUGCCCAGCGCCAGCAGAUGAGGGAACUGCUCCGUCAGACCUGCAAGAAGAACGGCAAUGAGGACAAGGCUGAUGCUGUUGAGGCUACCGUCAAGAACUUCGCUGAGUGCGUCAAGACCCUGUUCAACCCCGACACCAUCAAGCAGGAGAUCGAAGCCGCCAAGCCCAACGGCGAACUCGACGAGGUCUUCAAGAAGUACUGCGCCAAAUCCCCCCAACUGAAGACAUGCAUCCACACGCUGACGACCGGCGUGACUCCCUGCCUGGACGCCAAGGUGCGCGACCACAUCGCCUACGUCGACAACUCCACUGACUCCCUCAUCGACUUCCUCUGCUACAGGGACGGAGACAGGAUCGCUAUGUUCAUCGCCGAGCACGGCCCCGAGUGCAUGCAGACCAAGACCAGCGACAUCCGCGAGUGCGCCAACAAGAUGAGGGAGGGCAUCUCCAGCCUCGACGACGCCAAGAGCCUCACUCUUGAGCAACAAUGCGGCAAGUUUGACGAGCUGGCCUCAUGCGUAGUGAAGGCGCUGGAGGGCUGCGAGUCCGACACGCCCAGCAACAUGGUCCAGUCACUCUUCAACUACAUCAAGAAGGGUAGCCCUUGCAAGAAGUGAAGUCCAUCAUCAAAGACUGCAGAAUGAAGAUGAAUCUAGCGAUAUUUUAAAUAUAUGCUAACGUGAUUUUUUAAAA